GUGUAUCGCAGUGUUUUGUUUGUCGAUUGCUUCCAUGGUAGCGUUGGUUAAGCUGACAGCUAGCUAGCAGUAACGUUAAUGUUGGCUAACCAGAGCAAUGGUCCACCCACAACAGGUCCAGUUGUUGUCCAUCGGUGUUUUUUUAUUAUUAUUAUUGGUACUUCGCUAACUGUCUUCAUCCCGCAGUCUGUGUGAAAGAACCCCUUUUAUUUUCGAUAAUCACCCCGAAACGAGAAGAAAGAAUAAUACUACCCCUGAUGUCAAAGACAUACUAGAGGACUACUCAAAUGGCUAGCUGUGGCGAGGUUGACCACUCGGCGAGCCUGCUGGCCAGCAGAAAGGGGGGCAGUGAUUCGUUGCCGGGGUCGGGCGGCUCCUCUCCCUCCCUGCCUGUGCCGGAGUGUGCCAUCUGCUUGCAGAGCUGCGUGCACCCUGUGCGCCUGCCCUGCCGCCACAUCUUCUGCUUCCUCUGUGUGAAGGGCGCGUCCUGGCAGAGCAAGCGCUGCGCCCUUUGCAGACAGGAGGUGCCCGAAGACUUUCUGGAGCGGCCCACGCUGCUGUCACCGGAAGAGCUCAAGGCUUCGGCGGCCGGCAAGGCGCCGGGCGAGUACGCCUGGUACUACGAGGGCCGAAACGGAUGGUGGCAGUACGAUGAGCGCACCAGCCGUGAGUUGGAGGACGCCUUUUCCAAGGGCAAGAAGACUGCAGAGAUGCUGAUCGCCGGGUUCCUGUACGUGGCCGACCUGGAGAACAUGGUCCAGUACCGGCGCAACGAGCACGGCCGCCGCCGCAAGAUGAAGCGCGACGUCGUGGACAUCCCCAAGAAGGGCGUGGCCGGGUUGAGGCUGGACUCAGAUGCCGUGGCACAGGCGGCCGCCGCGGCAGGAGGGCGCGAGAGCUCGGCAGACGGGGCAGAUACCUCCGGAGUGCCAGGGACCAGCGCUGGUGGCGCCACUGCGGCUGCCCCCCCUAUUCUGGUGCCCCCUGGCCGACCCCCUACCUCCCUUGGUGGCCAGCCCACAAGCCCCUCUAGCCACUCCUCCUCUUCAGACGAUGGGCUCUCGUUGGAAAGGGCCUUUGUCCACCUCCAGAUUGGCCGCAGUCCGGCUCCAGAGAGAGGCGGCGUCCUGGAGGGAGAAGAGGAUGAGGAGGAGGACGACGAGGACGACGAAGAUGAGACCUCUCCCUCACGCUUUUCCUCUUCCCACGAUGCCUCAGUCGAUGAAUCUGUACCAGAGAGCAGCACUGAGGAUGAGGAGGAUAACGAUCAGAGGCCUACUACUGGAGAGGAGGAGGAGGAGGGUACGGCUGCUACGGCUUGGCAAGGACUUCACCGACCCAGACCAAACCCAGAGGAGCGCUCCCCACCCGGAGGUGCUUCCUCCGUCACCAGCAGCAGCGGUGCUGGUGGUGGUGGUGGUGGUGGUGGUGGCGGCGGUGGGGCUGGUGGUAGUAGCUUAGGCUCCCGGAGGCCCGAUGGGCAGUGUACAGUGACUGAAGUGUAAGACUCUGGGGGGGGCAGCUAAAGACCCCUUCACUGGACCUGAGCCGCUCAGUCAGCCCUUGCACUCAGUAUCACAGCAACUCCAGCAGCAGCAGCAGCAGCAGCAACAACCAUCCUCCUGCCAGCCCAAGGGCCCUCCUGUACUGGGUGUCAUUGGAUGAUGAGGAACCCCACCACCACCACCACCACCAUCCCCCUCCCUCCCUCCCUCCCUGAACCAGUUUUUCUUGUGUAGAUUCAAUUGUUUCUGGAGAUUAAACCAUGAAUGUGAAUGAUUACCUAAAAUGUUUUCUCAUAGAUUUAUUUUUCUUUAUUAUUAUAAUUUGCAUUGAUCCAUCAUGCCUAACACCUAAUGCCCCUGACAGAAGAAAAGGUCAUUUGGAAUUCUAAACAAGGCCUUAAUAAAACACGAACGGGUUGCUUUUAACAAUUUUAACAGUGUGGUCGGUAAAGUGUUAAACCGUUUUCAGCUUUUCUGAGCUUUUGAGGGAUCUGAAGUUUAAACAUGUUGAACCCUUGGGCUGCAGUCCUGAUUUUAAAAUGGUGUUUCAUAACCAUAGCAUGGUCUUGGAGUGUUGUGUUCACAUCUCAUCUGUGUGCUAGUCAAGCUCAUAACUUGUGCAUGUUAUAAGAGAGGGCUUCUAAACACUACUGGCAGGAUGGAAUGAAAUGUUCUUUUUAUUACUAUGGUUACUUUGGAUUUCAUUUGGCUAGGCAGUUGGUUUGUCUCUUGCCCCUUUGUUGUGAGUUUUUGUGUGAAAUGAAUGAUGUGGUGGUAUGACGAGGGCAGUGUUAUCCGUUACAGUUUAUAUUUUCGUUUUUUUUUUUAUUUUUUUUUUUUUAUUUCAACGCGUCACCAGUUCUCAACAUUGUGACACUUUGUUUUAGAUUUCCAUCUUGACUUUUAAAAAAACUAAAAGAAGUAUAAUUUUCUUUCUGUGACUUUUGCUUUGUUGUAAUAUUUUGUUACAGGAUUUGUAAUUUAAUAAUAAAGUCUGUGUCAAUUUAUCAUCCCAUAUCAAAA